AUGGAGCUGAGCCACAGAGCAGGUACAACCACUUUGACCAGGGCCCACCUGAAUAGCAAGGAGCCCCAGCAGAACACGGACUCGUGGAGAACUACCUGCAGCCCCUUGGACACCUCACAGUUCAAGGACCAGACCCUGCUCUCCCCUCAUUCACCCCCAAACCGGGCAGGCAGCACUGGAAGCAGCCAGCUAAGGCUGGCCCACCUGGAGAGGGUGCCACCUCCACCUUCAGCGACCAUCCACAGGGACUCUCUGGGGAUGGACCCACAGCCCAAGCCCCUGCAGAAGGGGAGCUCUGGAUCUACUUCAAAGGAGAGCAGCGGCACCUUCCGAGAGGUGGCUCCUCUGGGCCAGGGGCCUGAAGGAGGUACCGGCUUGGAGACCCAGGACAGAAGGGGCUCAGCUGUGUGCCAGGAGAAGAGCAUCAUUCCUGACAACAUUCGCCACAAGUUUGGGAGCAACGUGGUAGACCAGCUGGUCACCGAGGAGCAGGCUCGAAGGGCCAUUGAUGAAGUCGUAGAGUGCCAGAAGAGGUCAAACUCAUGGCCCAGCAGGAUCCAGAGCCCCAUGGAAAUCUCCUCCAUCUUCUCAGACUACUAUGAUCUGGGCUACAAUAUGCGGUCAAACUUGUUUCAAGGUGCCCCCGAGGAGACGAAGAGCCUCAUGAAGGCCUCUUACACCCCAGAGGUGAUUGAGAAAUCAGUGCGGGACACAGAACACUGGCACGGCAGGAAGACAGAUGAUCUGGGACGGUGGCACCAGAAAAAUGCUAUGAACAUGAACUUGCAGAAAGCACUGGGUGAGAAAUUUGGAGAAAAGAGCAAAGCCAGGGGCUCAAAGUACUAAAUACAACACAAAAGUGGUGUCCUCUGCUCAGAGAAAGUGCUAACAAUAAAGAAAGGCACAAAUCUGAACCCUUCUCUGCUUGGGGCCGUCUGUCUGUACACAUUGGGGUGGGGGGGCAAUGUGUGGUGCUGGGAAGAUCAACUGUGGGUUCUCCUCCAGAACACCCCCCAAAAAAUCACACCUUUUUUUCUAAGCUCAGGAAAGGUGGGACAGCUGAAUGGGACUCUGUCU